AUGUCGUUACAGCCACCGACUUCUGGCUCGGAGAAUCAUCAGGAGAACCCAUUCGUUACACCGACGUCCUCGCAGGCACCUACCCCUUUGAUUGUGUCUCUCAAAUUCCCUGACGCUCUUCGCACCACACCAGAAGAGCAGCCACAUCUAACUCACCCUCCACUACCGCCUCAGCUUCAGCUUCCGUCACAGACACCCUCGCAGAAAUGGACACGCAGUCACGGCUUCUGGAGAUCAUUCCUGUCAAUUUGCGUUCCACUGCUUCUUUCAGCCCUCGAAGGUAGCGUUACAAAUACCGCCCUUCCCACGAUCUCAGACGCCCUCAAUCUUGGUACAAAGUUCUCGUGGGUCGCCACCGCAUUCCUGCUCGCCAGCACCAUCUUCCAGCCUCUUUAUGGACAAUUGGCAGAUAUUUGGGGUCGAAAAUACCCCAUGAUGCUCGCUAUUCUCGUCUUCAGCAUCGGCAGCGCGGUAUGUGGAUGGGCGACCAACGGCGCAAUGAUGAUCUCAGGACGUAUCAUUCAGGGGCUUGGAACUGGUGGUAUCGAUCUCUUCGCUGAGCUCAUCCUAUGCGAUCUCGUCCCGUUGAGGAAAAGAGGAACAUACAUGGCCAUAAAGCACGUCGUCUUCGCAGCUGGAACUACCAUCGGACCCCUCCUGGGUGGUGUAUUUGCUGAGCACGGUUGGCGCUGGUGUUUCUGGAUCAAUAUCCCCGUCUGCGGUCUCGCCAUUAUACUCAUGUUCUUCUGUCUCAAAGUCAACCGCGGUGUCAAAACUAAAGAAGUUAAGGUCAUAGAACAACUCCGUCGCAUCGACGGCUGGGGAUCUUCCCUCCUGACAUGCUCCGUAGUCCUUAUUCUUGUCUCGCUCUCCACAGGUGGGGCUCCGUACCCGUGGACCUCCGCGACUGUCCUAGCACCCCUGAUUAUUGGCCUGUUCGGCUUGAUGAUCUUUCCCUUCUUCGAAGCCUCUAAAUGGUGUCACUCGCCCAUCAUGCCACCAUCAAUUUUCAACAAUCGCACUUCAGCAACCGCCUUCGCUCUGACAGCAAUCCAUGGCUUCCUCACCUAUGGAGUACAAUUUUACCUCCCACCCUUCUUCCAAGCAGUCAAGGGUUCCUCGCCCUCAAAAUCCGGCAUCGAAGUCCUUCCCACAACUCUCGUCAUCGUCGUCCUCGCCGCCAUCGGUGGCCCAUUCCUCACUUACUUCGGCAAAUAUCGUCCAAUUCAUCAAUUUGGUUUUGCAGUUAUGACGCUCGGCUUCAGUCUUUGCACUAUGCUAGCCAAGGCCACACCCGUGGGUGCCUGGGUCGUCUUCCAACUCCUUAUCGCCGUCGGAUCCGGCAUCAUUGUAUCCACAACGCUCCCAGCCGUCCUCGUCGAACUCCCUGACAGAGCAAGCGGUGCGGCAGCCGGUUCAUGGGCAUUCCUGCGCGGUACAGGCUCGCUAUUUGGCGUCGCGCUCCCUGGCGCAAUCUUCAACACCCGCUUCUCAUCCCUCCUGCCUACUAUCUCUUCUCCUUCCGUGCGCGCACAAUUGGAGAAUGGGCAAGCGUAUCAACGCGCUUCAUCCGCGUUUGUGUCGAAGUUCGGGGAUGCUAUUAAUGAUGAGAUUGUGACGGCUUUUACGGAGAGUUUGAAGUGGAUUUGGAUUGUUUUUGCGAUUUUGUCGGGAGUCGGGUUUGCAUUGACGUUCGUGGAGAGGCAGGUCAAGUUGAGGAAGGAGUUGGAUACGGAGUUUGGACUGAAGAGGAAGAGGGGGAGUGGGAGUGGGUGGCGGACGCCCGCUGUGGAGAAGGAGGAUGUAAAGAUGGACAUAGAGAAGGGGGUUGAGGCUGUUUAAGUGCUGGAAGCGGCUAGUUUGUU